CCGUAGAACCGAGCGGAACAACCUACAGCAGUGCAUCUUCGUAUCUAUUCUUGUUCCGAGUCGGGCGAAUAAAGCGCGCGCAACAAAGUGUGCUCGACUUCCGUUGCCGCGUGCAGCAUGGCUUGCUUCGCCGAUGCUGAUGCAGCCUCCGUUGCAGUUGUUCGAUGAGUUCACGGCCGCGAGCACAGCAGCAAGCCGGCUGAGGAAUAAGGAACGAGCUUCGUUGACAGGUCGCGCUCUAAACCCAGGACUCAAGAACGUGUCAAGAACGUGACGUGAGAUAUGUUACAUAUAAAAUAGACGAAUACUGGAGAGCGAGUGCGGAAUAGACAGGGAAAAAAACCUGAAGCAAAAUUCAUAAUUCAUGAAUUAAUUAGAAGAAAGUUCUUAGAGUGAACAUGACUUUUAUCAAGUGGCAACAGCAGCGGCAGGCGGAGCGGAAGAUGUGGCAUCCCACGUGGAUAGUGCUAACAGGAGCGGUACUUCUCAUUGUCACCGGUGUCACCCACCAGAGUGUAUCAUGUUUCAACAUAUCCGCCACACAAAUUCACACCCUCCGCUUAGACCACAACCUCAAACUGACAUGGAUGAUGGAUUGGUACAAAAAGGAAGUUCUCUUCCACGUACAGAACACGUUUCUACACGGCCGUUACAAGUUUUUCGCCCUAGGAUUCUCCCCUCGGGGAGAACUCAAACGGACCGACCUGUGCGUCUUUUUAACGGGUGCUGGUGGUGCGUUUAGCCAAGCCCUCGACACAUACACCUCGCGAGAUUUCAACCGGAUCUACGUGGAUAGCGAGCAGAACUGCGAAGUCAUGCGGAUCGACGAGAAUUCCGUUGCCUUCCGGCGUAAGUUUGAUAGCUGCGAUCCGCAGGAUGUGAGCAUUCACGGCGGAACCAUGUACGUGGUUUGGCUGCGGGGCAAAACGGAACUGAACUUCGGCAAGAACUGGACCGUGAUGCCGACCGUUGGGAAGGCGGAUCAAGGUGUGCUGCCGGUGCAAAUUUUGCGUGCUGACGCGAUCACCAUUCCGGAGGCGAAGUCUGUGGUCAAGCGUGUGGAGAUUCUACUCGAUAAAGCAAAAAUUCCGGCUGAGGAAACGACUUAUUGGUGCAAGGUUCAACGGUUGGACGAUUGGUUGGCGAAGAAGAAGCAUCACAUAGUGCAGUUCGAGCCGGUCAUAAGCCAUGAACACGUGGUUCACCAUAUGGAGGUUUUUCAGUGCGUGGUGGAUCCUGGAGUAAAAAUACCACUGUACGAGGGUAAUUGUGCGCAAAUGCCGGCGGAAGCCAAGAUCUGCAAUAAAGUGAUGGCGCUGUGGGCAAUGGGCGCCGGGCCGUUUACUUAUCCUCACGAAACAGGUCUACCGAUUGGUGGCGAAGGAUUCAAUCCGUACAUUAGAUUGGAGGUGCACUUCAACAAUCCUGAUAUGAAAAAGGGAAUCGUAGACAGUUCAGGAAUGCGCAUCAAUGUUGUCUCCAAAUUGCGGAAGUACGACGCGGCGAUAAUGGAGUUGGGUUUGGAAUACACAGACAAGAUGGCCAUUCCGCCGGGGCAGGUGGCGUUCCCGUUGACCGGAUAUUGCAUAGCUGAGUGUACGAAGGUGGCCCUGCCGUCUGGUGGUAUUCACAUUUUUGGAUCCCAAUUGCAUACCCACCUGAGGGGGGUUCGAGUUCUGACGAGGCACUUCCGCAAAGGGGUUGAGCUGCCGGAGGUAAAUCGGGAUGAUUUCUAUUCGCAUCACUAUCAGGAGAUACGACAGCUGAGGUAUCGCCCGAAAGUUUUGCCGGGUGAUGCUCUGAUGACGACCUGCUACUACGAUACCAGGGGCUACGAGACGGCCACCCUCGGUGGGUUUUCGAUCAGUGAUGAAAUGUGCGUCAACUACAUUCACUACUUCCCAGCCACAGAGUUAGAACUGUGCAAAAGCGCAAUUUCGGAGAAAUCGCUUUACAACUACUUCAAAUAUAUGAAAGAAGUCGAGAAACAGUCAAUGACUCCAGGCGGAGCACGCUCCGAUAACUACCAUUCCAUCCACUGGACCAAAACCCGUUCGGACCAACUGUUCGAGUACUAUCUGGAGGAACCGCUCAGCAUGCAGUGCAACCGGUCCGAUGGGUUCCGCUUCGAGGGCUACGACUGGGAGGGAGCACCAAUCACCGAAUUCAACCCACCCCGCAGCACCCUCCGGGCCAACUGCGACAUUCCACCCGAACUGCACUGGUUCAAACCACUGGAAAUGGGCCACUGCGACGUUUUCGGCGAAUGCAUUUACGAGGACGAGAAAAUUAAAGAGUAGACUUCCGCGAGUUGUUCCCAAGAAAUAAAACAUUUAGGAAGUAGAUUCUAAGAGCGAGUUUCCUGCACAAAAUAGCUUUCACAACUAGUAAUAAUAAAUUUGUACAUACCACAACCAU